AUGGCAGCAUAUCUCAGCUUGCUAGGUGUGCCAAGCGCCUCCGCUCCCAAGAACACAAGAACUACAUCACGAUUCCAACUCCAUUGCUCCAAUUCCACUUCACUCGAGCUCAAUCACCCAACCAUAAUCAACCGCAAAGAUGGGUUGUUCAGGCUUCUUCCGCUCGCUGAAUUGCUGCCUUCCGAAGAAAACUCGGGCAAGCAAACAAAGAACCCGUCAGACUCGUGGUCAAACAUCAUCACCACCAAGAUCUCCGCGUCUGACACCAUCAACUACGAGAUCUCCGCGUCUGGCACCAUCGCCUGCAAGAUCUUCGCAGCGCAGCUCACCAAUACACUCAAAUUACGACGAGUCAUACGGAAUGCCGUCGAACCGGAACUCGAACGACUAUACAGUGGCGAUGUCGUCUACGCCGAGUCUACUUACACCGAACCUCCGUGUGUCGACACCGAACUCAGUUAUACCGACACCGAACUACAACAUGCCGACGCCGAACUACAAUGUGCUGACACCGACUUCAUUUCGAGGUCAGCCUGGUCAGGAGGCACGACGAAUACACAGCAGCAAGAUUUCAGCGUUGCAGCUGGGAUCGCCGCGUGCCAGCGCUUGCAUCUUCAGGGCUGA